AUGACACGAUUCAUGCCAACGAGUGCUAUCCUACUUUUGGCAUUGUUGGCGGUGGCGAUUGUGGAUCGCAAUGGGACCGAAUUGCCGCCUCUCAACACGACAUACUACUUUGAUCAGUUGAUCGACCACACUAAUCCCAGCAUUGGGACGUUCAAACAGCGAUAUUGGCACACAUGGGAGUUCUAUGAAGCUGGCGGGCCAAUCAUUCUGACCACGCCUGGAGAAGGGAACGCAGAGGGCUCUGAAGACUCCCUCGUAAACUCCACGAUAAACGGGAUGAUCGCCCAGGAACUGAAUGGAUCGACGAUCGUUCUGGAGCACCGUUAUUAUGGCUAUUCAAACCCAUAUGAUAACCUUUCCGUCGAGAGCCUGCAGUAUCACACGAUCCAGCAAGCGAUUGACGAUUUCGAGUACAUCGCAUACAACGUGAAGCUGCCGAUGCCUAGUGGCGACCAUGUUACACCGGACGAGGCGCCAUGGAUUCUCAUUGGGGGCAGCUAUGCCGGCGCGUUAACCAGCUUCACUAAAGUCAACAAACCUGACGUGUUCUACGCUGCAUGGUCCUCGUCAGGUGUCGUGGAGAGUAUCGCUGACUAUUGGGGCUACUUCAAUAUCAUUCGAAAGCAUAUGCCACAGAAUUGCUCCGCUGAUGUACAGGCGGUAAUCGGGCACGUCGAUUCCGUGUUCACAUCUGGGAAUAAUACUGCCAUCAACGAGAUCAAGGAACUUUUCAGCAUGCAUCUUACACACCUCGAUGACUUCGCGAGUGCCUUGCAACACCCACUCUUCCCAUGGCAAGGCCUCCAACCCUCGUCUAACCUGUCGGACCCUCUAUUCUUCCAUUUUUGUGACGCGUUGGAAGUCAAGGAUAAUCAGACCGCACCGUCCGAGGGAUGGGGUCUUCAGAACGCAUUGAAUUCAUGGGCCGGAUUCUGGAAAGAGGUGUGCUAUCAACGCUAUUGCGAUGAUCAAGACGCUGAAACGUGUUUUGGGAUAUACAAUGCAAGCGCAACUUAUUACACGGACCUUACUGUCAACAACGCCGAUCGUCGUGCACUGACAUGCCUCGACAGUUGCAACCAAAUGGGCUUCUAUCAAGACGGAGCGCCUGAUGGCGAGCCGACUCUUGUUUCUUGUCUGAUCCAGCCAACUCAUUGGGAGGUGAACGAGACGAAUGCGGCGUAUCAUGGAUGGUUCAUCAAGGCUGAUCGCCUGUUCUUCUCGAACGGAGAGAAGGACCCAUGGCGCGUUGCGACUGUCUCCGCUGACGGGACAGCCUGUCAAAGCACUGCCAUGCAGCCUAUCGUCAUGGGUGAUGGCUACCAUUGCUCAGAUAUGGAUGCCGCGAAUGGGGAAGUCGAUUCGACAAUCGCUGCUGUUCAGAUCUCAGACUCAGGGCAUAGCUGCGAUGAAGAGCUGGCUGGAGACAUGGGAGCCCCCCAACCCGUCGAUAAGUACUACGAGACGUACUGGUGA